GAUCGUAUAAAGCCGGCAAAAGUCGCGGGACAAAGCAUCGCUGUUUUCCGCGGUCCGGUCUGGUUCGGUUCGGCGAGUAACCUUGAUUCCUUCGUGAGUUAUACGUGACAGGCGUUCGCCGAGUCUGCUGGGUGAACCGGUUAGUGUCGAUCGAAGCAUCGUCGAGGCAACAGCCAACGAGAUCCCUAGCGAGUUUUCGAAUUGUCGGAGUUCCUUGUGCGACAAAAUGAAGUUCCACAUUGCUCUUGUUGCUGCGUGCCUUAUCGCGUGCGCGCAUGCUUUUCCGAGUAGAUCUGAAGAGGAUGAUUUCGAGGAUGACUUUUCGACCUUUAAUGAGUACUUCAAUGCAAUGAGACAAUAUAUGCUGAACUAUUUUUGGAAUAUUCCUGAUGUUACGAACAUUAAGAUUCCUGAAGGAGCGAAUACAACUUCCACCGUUAAGAUUAUUGAUGGUCAUGUGGUAACGAUCAACGAGACGACUUACACACAGGGCGACGAAAACGGCGGCGCCGCAAUCCGAAUUCGCAUAAUCGAUGUGAAACCGGAUAAUAACACUCUACUGAUCAGCAAUGGCAAUGCAGAACCGACAACGGUGAAGGCAGAAGCGGAAGGGAGCCGCGAGACGGUGGAGGAUAUGAACAACGAGAUAUCGAAGAACACGGAUCUGACCGCUUAAAAAGUGGUCGCUCAUUUGUGGUCGAUACGUCGAUAGCGGCAGUAUGGAGGUGGAUUUUGGGGACGAAGAAAAAAACGAUCCCUUAUUACGUGGCUGUAGUAGAGUAACUUUUCGAUAUCGCACCAAGUGCAUCGCGUUAAAAUAACAUUAUUGUAUAAUAUAUAUAGUUGUAUUUCCGUUGUUUUCUAUAGCUCUUCAAUACGAUUGAUUGUUUACGACGUUUACCUGCGUCUUUUUUUAAAUAAAAGAUUGUUACUGUUGUAAAAAAGGGAGCCGGAAUAUUUACAAAGAGAAAUAUGUGAAUAAUAUGAAUUAAAAAAGA